AUGACAACCAACUAUUUAUCACCCGGUCGAGCCUACGCUUCACGUUCUCCGUCUCCUCUCGGUCCUGGUGGUCGAUACUCGCGAUCGCCUUCUCCAGGGAUGGGUAUGGGUCAAGUCCGUCGUGGACGAGAGUCUCCCUUCCCAACUCGUCCCAUCCUCCCACCGCAAGACAGCCGAGAACUCGUCGAGCGUGUCGAACGAUACAAAGCUCUAUACGCUGCUGUCGGCGCUGACGGUGCUGACGUACCCGAGGACGCAUUUGUGGAUAUGGACGAGUUCUUUGAUAAACAUAGUUCAGCGUAUAUCCGCGCUGCGCGUGCACGUGGGGAGAAACGUGUGUAUUUUGAUGUUGUGAGGAGGUCGUACGAGGCUAGUCUGCGGAAUAGUCAUACAUUUUAUGUGAAUGGUCCUCAUGCGAUUUUGCCGCCGGAGAUAGCUAUCGAGCCUGCAGACGACUACGAUCCUAGAUACAACAACGAUAACACCGACUUCGACGACGCAACAGAUGAACGUCUCCGUUACUCCACCACACUAUCUGACGCCGAAGUAGCAGCUGCCGAACAUCUUAACACAUUAGAAACAGUCGUAGAAGAAGACUCUUCUUCCGACUCUCGUUCAUUCGCAGCUUCUUCCGUAUAUUCACGGUACAGCGUAUUGGACGAAGGAAAGAGCGCUGCAGUACGCGAAGGGUUUGUUAGGAGGGUUGCAGCACUGUAUGGUCAGGAUAAGUUGUUACGGGAGGAGAUACCUGAGGUCCCGAAGAUACCUAAUGAGUUUCGCGAUGCUGCGCCCGCUGCUGGACGGCCCCCGAUGAAAAGGCUGCUGCCGCGUUGA